AUGCACCGGGCGGUAAGGCCGGUCUUUCAGCGAGGCAGGAAUAUGGCGGCCUCCACCGCGGAGCCGCAGAUCCUGGUUCAGUAUUUGGUGUUACGAAAGGACCUGUCGCAGGCUCCGCUCGCUUGGCCCGCGGGUGCGCUGAUAGCGCAGGCCUGCCACGCCGCCACUGCGGCCUUACACAUUCACCGUGACCACCCGCACACGGGCGCCUACCUCGCGGAGCUGGAGCGCAUGCGCAAGGUGGUCCUCGAGGCCCCUGACGAGAGCACUCUCAAGCAGCUGGCUGAGACCCUGCAACAAAAGAACAUUGACCACCUGUUGUGGCUGGAGCAGCCAGAGAACAUCGCCACUUGCCUUGCACUCCGUCCCUACCCCAAGGAAGAAGUGAGCCAGUAUCUGAAGAAGUUCCGGCUGUUCAAAUGACUGCUGUUCUCCCUGCCGGGGUAUCCUUGCUCGACUCCCCGCUGAAUCCAAAGACCUUGUGCCAGCCAUGGCUAAGCACUGCAUUGUCUUUCAGUGAUGCCACCAGUUUCCUGAGAGUCAGAGAGCAUGCUCAUAUUAAAUGUUGUCACA